GGGGCGGCGGAGCGGCUCUCGCGAGAGCGGGCGGGGCGGCUCGGCCCUCGGGCGCGGGCGCAGGAUGGUGCUGCGGCGGGUGCUGUUCGCGCUCCUCAGCGACCCGCGCCUCAUCGAGAAGCUGGCCGAGUCGCGGCCCAUCCGCGCCGCCGCCCGCCUCACCGCCGCCGCCAUCACCCGCGGGCAGCUCGGAGCCCGCCAGGCGGCGCAGGGCCUGGGCCCCCGCCUGAUCCGCCUGCGCGACGCCUUCCUCAGGGAGCUCAAGGACGGCGCCCGGGCGCGGGGCUGGCCGUGGCCCCCCGGCCGCGGGCCGGGCCGAGGCGGCCGCCCCGGAGCAGCGCCCUGACCGCCUCGCCGAGCGGGAGGCAGCUGCGGGGCCGCAGCCGGCGCAGGAUCCCGCCAGGGAGGAGGAGGAGGAGAGGACCGCGGAAACCACGACCGCUUCCCCG